GGAAGCUAGAAGAGAGAGGCUCCGUGAGGACGUCAAAAGGAGGAAGAGUGCAAGUUCCUUCAAGCCCAGAGGAGCUAAAGAACUAAUCCUGCUAAUCAUCGAGAGGCUCGCUGGCGACGAUCACAACUGCAGAGAGAUAUGCGACACCCAAGGCCUGCUGUCCAAGAUCACAGCUCCGAUCACUUCACGUGCUUUCCUUGACGCCGUUUGCGAAGACGAUGAUGUAUGGUUUGACAUAUUAAGCACAUCGCUCAGAGUCCUGGCCAGGCUUAUCAGUUCUCCUGGAGAAGCCAGCACAAGGCUGCUCCAGGAAACCUCAACUAGCCAGGACAUGGUAAGCAACUUGCUACGUAUUAUCAAGCGAAACAACGAUCGCUGGCUUCGACUGCAGGAACCGGCACUACAGAUCCUUGCACAGGUUGCAUUGGGGCCUUAUACUGGGCUCAUGACCAAGGAAGAGUUUGUUAGUCUGCUUCGGGACAUCUUCUUCGGCAACAAGGAUAACAUUGAGGAGAAAAGCAGGUGAACUGCUUGUAAAAUCUCUCUCAACUCCAAGUAACGGCGACGGGAUAGCAGGGACCAUCAUGGAAAUCUUGUGUGAAGGCGACUCCAAGGAUGUUUUGGAUAUAAGGAGAUACGGCACCGUGGUUGAUCAACUCACUGAAAUGCUUGUCAAGGACAAGCAGUGCCAGAUUAGCGCAGCAGCAAUAUUGGAGCACCUAUGUUCUCGCUUCCUGAAGAGCUGCCAACUAUCGAAGCAGGAUGCCAUCAAUCUUUUGACAACGGUUCUGGGCCUAAUAUUGUCCAGUAAUACGGAAAGAAAUGCAGUGGCAGGUUCAGAUUCAAGCAACUAUGCAGGUGCUGCGACAGAGGCGAGAGGAAGCGACUAUUCUGCAAUAGCCAGAGAUGAAGAAAGCCAACCGCCAAAAGAUGCCGUUCAGGACAAGUCCCCUACGGAGCAAGAUGAUAUACUAUCUCAGGAAAAGAAAUUGCUUGCGGCCUUGCUAUCCUUUACAAUGGUGAUAUGCGAGAAACUGAUUGAUGCAGAUGACUUCUCUAAUGUUGCUCAUGUGGACAGAGAACUGUUGAAGAAGCUGAUAGAGAUAAUAGAUGUAAAUAACGAUGCCACAGCUGACUGUCUGAGAAUAAUGAAGCUUUCCUGUCAGGUGGCUAUACUAGCAAUUCAGCACAAACCGAGCUGCGCCAAGGACUUCAAUGAACAUGAUCGAAAUCAUGUACUGACCAAGGCUUCAGAGAACUUGUUAGAACUUGAUAAAUGCAUGUUCUUUGCUGGUAAUGAUCAUGAGGCAAUCAAGCCUGCUAGAUCUCUCUCUUCUCUUGUGAAAGAAGCACAAGAACGCUUCAAGGAAGCACAAGCUAGAGCCAGGUAAUCAUUCGACCUGACAAGGGGAAAAUCAUUUCAUCAGUAUAUAUACUGAUCAUCUGCAGCUAGCUGUACCACUAUUAUGAAGAGUUGGGUAAGCAAGCCUCGACCAACAAAUGGUAAACCUAUAAUAAAGUAUUGUGUGCUUGAAACGCCAAGUAAAACAUGUCUUGUUGUGUAUUUGGGACAACUCCAUGUAUAUUAUGAAUAUUUUCGGAACUAUGA